AUGAUGCGCCUUCUUUCUUUCUUCUUCAUUAUUGGUUCAGUCGUAGCCGACUGGAACUACUGCCAGGAUCUGUGUGAAGCGACUCCUGGUUGCAAGAACUAUGGUUGGGGUUCUUACUGUAAGGGUAACGGUGUCUGUUUCGGUCUGCUCGAUAUGGGAGAUGGUGAUUAUUGCUUUGAGCCCACCGAUGGAUACAACGGUGGCUACUGCAGCGACAAGGUUUACAGUCCCGUGUCCUGCCCAGUGGUUGAUAAGACUUGUGAGGAUCUUUGCGCGGAGACCCCCAAGUGCAAGAAUUCUAAGUGGGGAUCGUACUGCAAGAAGUAUGUCGAUCAGCCUGGUCCUUAUGUGUGCUUCGGAUUGUACCACUCCGACAAGCCGCAUCUCUGCUAUGAACCUUCUGAGGGUGACAAGUGUGAUGAAACCUCACCCGUCUAUUGCCCCUCAGAAAUGGAUUAG